CCAGCGUCUCUCUCCGAUCCAGCUGGUCAGUAGUGAUCAGUACUAGCUAGCUACUACCACCGCCCCCAAAACCAUUCCACCUCUCAAGAACAGCGCUCUGGCAGCGCUGGUAGUGUAGCAUCGCGCGUUCAUCACUACGCUACUAGGAAUCAUAUAUCAUCAUCGGUCGAGAGAGAGAGAGAGCAAGCAAGUUUCCUCCGGCGGCCGGAGGGUACGUAAUCGAUCGCCGGCCGCCACAGCAGGAUGAGCAGGAUGGGCGGCAAGGACUGCGUGCCCCCCGUCGCCAUGGUGCUCGUGCAGCUGGGCUUCGCCGUCAUGAACAUCGUGUCGAAGCUGGCGCUGGACGCGGGCAUGAGCCCCUACGUGCUCAUCGCCUACCGCAACCUCAUCGCCGCCGCCGUCAUCUCCCCCAUCGCCUACUUGCUUGAGAGGUGUUUCAGUUCAUCGGGUGCGUGCACGUCAGUUCAUUCCAGUGCGAGCCCACACACACGCACACACUUGAUCAGGCAGGCCUACUACAAGAAGCGGGGCGACGAUCACAAAGAAGGUGCUCCUGCAGAUCUUCUGCUCCUCCAUCUUCGGAUACGCGUCUGGCUGCAUGCAUGGAUGCAGGGCAACGCUGAACCAGGUGCUGUUCGUCGUGGGGCUCAAGUCCACCAGCGCGACCGUGGCGUGCGCGCUCACCAACACGCUGCCGGCGCUGACCUUCGUGAUGGCGGCGGCGCUCAAGAUGGAGCCGGUGCGGCCGGGCACGGCGGCGGGGCAGGCCAAGCUGGUGGGCACGGCGGUGUGCGUGGGCGGAUCCAUGCUCAUACCCUUCUACAAGGGCCCCGUCCUCAGGGUGUGGGCGUCCCCGAUCCACUGGCGCUUCGCGGAGCACGCGUCGCCCCCCGCCGCCGCCGCCGCGGCAGGCGCCCACACGGGCCCCGCCGCGGUGCUCGGGGACGUCCUCGUCAUCGCCAGCUGCGUCGCCUGGGCCGUCUGGUUCAUUCUCCACACCAAGAUCUCCCAGGGGUUCUCCGCGCCCUACACCAGCACCGCCAUCAUGUGCCUCAUGGCGGGCGUGCAGUGCGCGGGCGUCAGCGCCGCCCUGGACCGGAGCCUCGCCGUCUGGAAGCUCGGGUUCGACAUCAGGCUCUACUCCGUGCUCUACAUCGGGAUCGUUGGCUCCGGGGCCGGGUUCACGCUCAUGUCGUGGUGCAUCCAGGUGCGCGGCCCGCUGUACGUGUCCAUGUUCAGCCCGCUGCUGCUCGUCAUCGUCGCCGUCGUCGGCUGGGCCAUCCUCGGCGACAAGAUACGCCUGGGAAGUCUGGAGUACACAGUGCUAUCGGCUCCGUGCUCAUCGUUGCCGGGCUAUACAUGGUGCUCUGGGGCAAAGGAAGGGAGAUGGACAGACCGGGCCUCGACAACGACAAAGGCGACGAGGAGACCGCCGCCGCAUUGGGCCUUGCGGUCGCAAGCAGCAAGGGUGGUGCGGUCGUCGUAAGCAGCCGUGUCGACGCCGUCAGCAGCCUGCCGGUGUUCUCCACAACAACUAGCCCCAAGAGGCAGCAACUCAUUCACGGAUGAAAUAGCUAGUGGGUCGGAGUUGGAGGAACUGGCCGGGGCGAAGACGGCGGCGAAGAUUGGAUUGGAGGGGCAUAACUACAGACUUGUGCACGGUUGGUUGCAUUGCAGUUGCAUGCAGCAGCGUCAGAGUCGUGUGGUCUGUUACAAAGAGGAAGCAAACAAACAGGAGUGUGAUGUGGCUGUACUAGUGCCUAGUGGAAGCUGGAAGGGUUGCUUGCUACCUUGGAUGAUUUCGUGCUACUGUCGUUGGGCUUCUCUGUGUGCGCUGCACUUCACUUGAAUGAUCUGAUUUGGUUCCUCCAAAAAGUCUCACCAUACCAUUAAUUAUCUUCA